AUGAGGUCGUUCGGAGUGGAACCAACUGCUUCAUCAAUCACAGUUGAAGAGGAGAGGAAGGCGAGGGAGCAGCUAGACCACGUCUUCAGGAAGUUGGAUAUCAACCAAGACGGCGUCAUAACCUUAGAAGAAUUUAUUGAAUCCUGUUUAAAGAUUGAGAGGAGGGUUGAGAUCGAGAAGCGAUGUGAAGGUUCAUUUAAGAGGCAGAUGUUUAGAAGAGGCGCUGACAUCGGUAAUACGAUGAUAAAAGAGCUAGGGGGGGGGAGGAAUGAAUGGAGUGGAAGUAUUAUAGAGAAGAGAGUACUAGAGGGAGGGAAGUACUACGGGGGAGGGAUGGAUAGGGUACUGUAG